AUGGGCCUUCUGGAUCUGCUGCUCAGGAUGAAACCCUCAUCUCGUAGAAUCAGACGGAUCCUUAUCCUUGGUUUAGACAAUGCUGGAAAGACAUGCAUCCUCAAGAAACUGAGCGAUGAUGACACCUCCAACACCAUGCCGACGCAGGGGUUUAACAUCAAGACCCUUACUGCAGGGCGACUGAAGCUUAAUGUCUGGGACAUUGGGGGGCAGGAUUCGAUCCGGCACUACUGGCGUCAAUACUUUGGUGAGACCGAUGUGCUUGUUUUUGUUAUUGACACAUCUGAUAUGCAGCGGGUAGAAGAAGCGAAGUCGGAGUUACAUCACAUAUUGGAAGAGGAAAAACUAACUGGAGUACCGCUUUUAGUGUUUGCGAACAAACAAGACAUCCUUGGAGCUGUAACGGCUGAUGAAAUCACCACUAUUUUGGGGUUAAAUGACGUGAGUAAUCGCCAUUGGCAGGUUCAGCCGUGCUCUGCCAAGACCGGAGAUGGUUUGGACAUGGGAGUGACUUGGAUAGUAGAGGAGCUGGAGCGGAAUGCACCUGGUCGGAAAGGUUCCAUGAAAACUCCUUUCUCUUCUCCUGAUAAAGUGAAGUAA